UACGCAGUCGGCCUCGCGCAGUCGUCGUUCGAUCGCACCUCACAACAGGUCAGACUGGUGCUUCUGCUCCAACCAAUAAAUUCACAGUUCCCAAUCAGAAUCAGUCCACAUAGCAAUCCGCUAGUUGCAAUUUUUUCGCAUCUCAAUCUUGUUUGAGGGAGUCUAGGUGCAGUCUAUAUCGCGUUGCUAAUUUUUGAAAAUGACCAGCCGAGAUCCGCAGAAGAAACUCAAAAUUGCUGUGGUUGGCGGCGGAUUGGUAGGAUCGCUGCAGGCAUGCUAUAUGGCCAAACGUGGACAUCAUGUCGAGCUGUACGAACUACGAGAUGACAUUAGGCUAAUGGAGCAUGUGCCAGGUAGGAGUAUCAAUUUGGCUAUGUCAAUCCGGGGGCGUUCGGGACUGAAAGAAGUUGGACUAGAAGAUGAGAUCAUCAAAAAUCACGGGCUUCCGAUGGAAUCGCGCAUGAUCCAUCGGGUGGACGGCUCUACUUAUCAAAUUCCCUACGGAAAAAAAGGACAGUGCAUUUACUCCGUUGGUCGUCGUUUCGUCAACGAGGUUCUCCUGAAUGCCGCGGAAAAGCUGCCGAACGUCCAUUUCAAUUUUGCCCACAAGAUGGUGGAUUCUGACCUGGACAAGGGCACCAUGACUUUUAAAAAUCUCAACAACGGAGAAAUCGUAGAAACGAAUGCCGAUCUGAUUCUCGGCACUGACGGUGCUUACUCUGCCGUACGCAAGCAGUUCAUGAAAAGAGCACGUUUCAAUUACUCACAAGAGUAUAUUCCGUGUUAUUAUCUGGAACUAUGCAUACCUCCAACAGCUUCUGGAAAUUUCGCCAUGAAUCCGAAAUGUUUACACAUCUGGCCUCGAGGUUCCUUUAUGAUGAUUGCGUUACCCAAUCAAGAUGCUUCAUGGACUGUGACACUUUUUAUGCCACACGAAAUGUUUGAGCAACUGACAACUCCCGAGAAAUUGAUCGCGUUCUUUCAAACUCAUUAUGCCGAUUCAUUACCUUUAAUCGGAAAGGAAAGGCUCGUGAAAGAUUACUUCGCUACCAAACCAUCGGGACUCAUCUCUGUUAAAUGCUAUCCCCAUCAAGCCGGAAAAGCUUUACUAAUGGGCGAUGCAGCUCAUGCCAUGGUGCCUUUCUAUGGACAAGGAAUGAAUGCUGGUUUCGAGGACUGCCUGGUUUUUAACGAAUUCCUUAAUCAGUAUGGGGACCAUAAUUUAGAAAAAGUCUUACCAGCUUACACGGAAUAUCGUCACGUAGACGCACACGCGAUUUGCGAUUUGGCUCUGUACAAUUUCAUUGAGAUGCGAGACCUGGUGAAUCGCUUUUCAUUUUUGGUAAGGAAGCGCUUCGACACCGUCAUGCAUUGGCUGUUCCCUAACUGGUGGGUCCCACUGUACACUUCGGUGACUUUCUCGAGGAUGCGCUAUCACUUGUGUAUCGAAAACAAAAAGUGGCAGGAUCGCGUGGUUACAAAACUCCUUUGGAGUACCGGAACGGCCGUCGUUGCCACAGCUGUCGUUGCCUUAUACAAUUUCCGAUCUUACCUGCAGAAGUUGUUUUAAUUGCUUCGCCCAAUAACUAGUCUUCAGUAGCUCCCGUUGAACUGGUAUAUUUUUGCCACGCAUUUUGAUUACUGGGUGAAAGACUUUAUUGCGGUACGACAAAAGCUCUGCAUUUUGAAAAUAAAUGAAAUUCAAAUUAA